CAAGCAAAAUGUCGCGGUUCUGGGUUGUCAAGCUAUUUUCUCAUCGCAAUGUGCCGUUCUGGCGCAUAGUAUGUAUGAAACUCUGCAGAUUGUCGUGUGCGUUGUAUUUUAUUUUAGACAAGACUUGACGGCUGUUUAAAAAACUCCAUGGCUCUUUGUUGGAUAAUGUUAUAUCAGUGAUUCGGUUUUUCGUACACAUCAGGAGCAAAACAUAGCGAAAUAUCGUCUUAGUGUAUGGAAAAUGUUUUUAUUUAGCGCGUGAUGCAUCGUAAAUGAGUAGCGCGGAUACAUGAGAUAAUUUUUUGCCCCAACCCGUUCGAUUCGUCAUGGAGGAGAAGGUAGAGAGUGAAAUCAGCUACAGUAGUAGUGAGAGUAACAGCAGUAGCAGCUCUUCUAACAGUACCAGUGCAAGUUCAGAGUACGACGAGGAGGUCACCGAGCCCGUGCGCAUUCUGGGCCAGACCUUGGAACUUCCACAGGAGCUCUGCGAGAAUUAUGACAUUUUCAAGGAAUUCUUUUCUAUGAAAACAUGGGAAUGCUUGGAGGACAAGCAAAAAGAGUACCUCAAAGAGUUCCUACCAACAUUCCCUGACAAUGACGAAGAGGAGAAAGAGACCACCAUCAAAAUGCUGUUCAACUUUGAACCAUUCCAUUUCAAAUCGCCAAUGAACCAUUUCUUUACAAAUUUGAAACAAGGCAACUACAGACCAGAUAUUGCUAGAAUGAGGAAGUUUUUAACCAAGGCCAGGGCCAAACAGCAUAAACAUAAGACAAAGUCAUAUUAUGCAAAAUUGUUGCCAGAAGUGCUAAUAUCAAGAGAGAGAUUGUUGGCCACUGCAAAGUCCGCACCACCUGGACCUAUACCCUACCUUCCAAUUAUGGCCCCAAAACCAUCUAAUAAGAACAACUAUAAGCCAAUCUAUGUCAGAGCUAGACAGAAGUAUUUUGAAGAGUUGUCUGCUAUUUGGAGUGAAGUGGGUGGUGAUGAGUCUGAAGAUGAGAACUAUCCAGAAGGACCGCCUGAGAACAUGUUUAAGAAAAGGAAAACCAUGCACCCAGGACAGAGUAGUGAUGCUAAUGUGUCUGGAACACUUGGGAUGAUUGAUUCUGCUCACCCUGCCUCUUUGGAUUGUUUGAAGGAUGUAUUAGCUACGCACAGAGCAAGGAGACAGUAUAGAGAGAAUCACCCAGAACUUGACACUACUGGCAUAACAUUGGAUGACAUAAAACAAAGAGUGGCAUUAUUGAACGGAGCAAAGAAGCUCAUGUUUGGCAGUCAGAAAAAUGACACAUGCGUUCAGAAAUUAAGAAAGAGUGCCAAGAAAGAUACUUCUAAACAGAAACAAGAUGGUAAAACAAUGCUCAAGAAAAUCAAGCAAGAGAAUGAUAGUGCUGAAAAUAAUCCACUUUUGCCAAACAUAAAGAUAAAAUGUGAAAAAGAGGAUUCUGAUUCAGAGAACUCGUCAUUCAUAGACCCUGGAGCUAGUCCGAAGCAUAACAAGAAAUUGUUAGACAUUGACAUUAAACAAGAGGUACCAGAUCCAAGGUAUUCAAACACAGACGGUCAUGAAAAUGAUAUUGAAACAAUGAUAAAACAAGAGCCCCUCGACCCUGUGCUUGCUAUGCAGAACACUUCACGAGUAUGUCAACCUGUGCCUAUAAAAUUGGAAGAUUUAGAUGGAAUUGACAUGAUGGCCCUACCGAUAGAGUUAGCCGAUGAUUCAGGAGAAGUACUUCCAGUGGACACCUCAACCGAGCCCGAAGAGAAUCACCUCGAAACGGACGAGGCGCUAACUGAGACGACGCACGCUAACUUCCUGUCCCUCGUGCGCGCACUGUUCCCCGCGCGCGCCGCUCACCGCGCGUCCAAGCAGCAGCUGCACGCGAGAUGUGCCGCUGUCAUGAGAUCCCCCAUAGCCCCUCUCAACACUUGGUACCAUUUAUCGGAUGACUGGUGCGGAGAGUUGAAUUCGGCUUUAGACUUCCUGGCAGGGGAGAGAGGACCCCAUCCUGAUGACUUUGUUCCGUAUCUGCAGUAUAUGUCCGACACACAGAUGUACCAAUGGAUCGGCGCCGGGCGGGACUGCGACGCGAUACUGGGCCGGCUGUGCGAGCGAUGGCUGCGCGCCGUGUCGCCGCCGCCCUCCGCCACCGAGCCCCCUCCGCCGAGGUACCCGACGUCAUGGAUAAUCAGACAGCCGACAACGGCAGAGAUAACCGACUUCAGAACACAGGAGCGCAAGAGAUUUGCCACAGCCUCCAAGCCGUUCACUUACAUUCAGUAUGGCUACCGCGCCACGGUGGGCCCGGCGACGGGGUGGCGCGCGGGCGCGGGCGCGGCGGGCGGCGCGGGCGCGGCCUUGCUGGCGCAGCAGAGGCCUCGCGCGGCCACCUUCCUGUCGCUGCUGCGCGACGCGCUGGCCCGCCUGCCCAACGGAGAGGGCACUCGGCGGGACGUCGCCACUUUACUCAAAAUGUCUCAGUGGAUAGUGCCGUGCAGCGAGCAAGCGUUGUCCACGGCCGUGGCCAACGCGUUGGAGCGUCUGGUGGCGGGCAAGAGAGAUCCUAUCGCCAAGUACGACCAGCGGACGGCUAUGUGGACUUAUCUGCAAAGGCACAAAAGCGAAGAAGACUGGGCGAAGUCAACCACAGCUCGAAGUCGCGCGAACAAAGCGAAUGCGUCUGCCCCAGUAUUGAAUUCACCCCCAACUACUAUGGAAGUCGACGGCCCCAGCAUAGAAGAAGUUCAUGAAAACGCAUCAGAUAGCGACGUAGAUGUGGACGACACCGGCGCCUCUUCCUCUGUACCACACCUUUCCUCGGCACAGCUACUCAUGCAAGCAACACAGGCCACGCACCCCAAACAAACCACAAACAAACAAAAAGCUAAACUGGUUCCAAAUACGCCGAAAGUUAAAACAAUAACACCGAAACAAAACGCCAAAAUGCCUUCGUUAGUUCAAACAAAACAGACACCCAAACAAGCGAACGCAACACCAAAAACAAACCCACCAAAACAAUCAAACCAAACAAACUCCUCCCCAAAACAAGCCAACACAACACCAAAAACAACUCCGAAACAAACGAAUCAAAAACAAUCUGCUCAAACGAAUCAAAAACAAGUGAAUCUGACAGCUCAAAAACAAUUAGUGCAAAUGAAUCAAAAGUCUCCUCAAAUUAAUUCAAAACAAAACAGCCUGUUGACACCGGCGAAGUCAAUGCCCAAUUUGACGAAGCAGAACGCUGCGAAGCAAACAGCAGCACAGAAGCAAACUGUGAAGGAAAGUGCUUCAUCGCCGAAGCAGAAGCAGAUAGUUGUACAAACGGUGAAGCAAAACGUCCCAUUGGCGAAGCACAACAGUGAGCCAGUGUUGCAAGUUCCGUCUACGAUGCCAUCAAUAGUCGUCACGCCGCAAAGGUCGCCUUUGAUGAAACAGAAGUCUUUGAAAAUUGAAACGUCACAAGUGCCUGUAACACUAAAUAUACCCGUACAACAGUCGCCGUCAAUGUCCACUGUGGUGCAGCCUAACGUUAAUGUGGUGUCCAUGCACCAGAACACUUUGAAUCAAUCGGCCAAGAUAACCCAGGUUACGCGAUCUCUUCUGAUAAGACCUCCAACGAUACAGAACGCUACAACUGCCCCUACCAUCACUGUCUGUACGCCUACAACUCAGGUAACACCCAGCGCAAGACGGGGGAUAGUUCGUGUGCUAAGUCCAGCGAUGCCUUCUUCAGGAAAGUCUCUUAUUUCACCGCGAGCUCUUAUGCAACAAAGUACUCCACCUUCUACUAAAAAACGACUGUCUGUACCAGGUACAACAUCAGUCAUGACAGUAGCACAGAGUACAACAAACACAACAAACGUUGUAUCAAGUAUACCGACUGCUGUAACAUCGUCUGUCACCACAAGAACGGUACAGUUAGCAGGUGGCAGGACUGUGCAACUGGCGGGCAACCAAACUGUACAUUUGCCCAGUGGACAGGCUGUGCAGUUGUCUUCAGGACACACGUUGCAACUGUCGUCCUUACAACUACCUACCCAUAGUGUCCGGUUGCCUAGUGGACAGACGGUGCAACUAGCAUCACCACAGACUGUGCAAGCCGUUCGAGCAGUCUCAACAACUCAAGUCAAAAACCCCAGCCCGAGAUUGCAAACCUCUACAUCAUCCAUCAAACCCAUGAACCAAGUUCAAAUACCGGUUUCAACAGUCCAAUUGGCUGGACAAACCGUCCAAAUUGGCGGUCAAACAGUGCAAUUAUCCGGACAGAGUGUACAGUUAACCGGACACACAGUUAAACUACCAAGUGGACAAAGUGUUCAAGUUGCAAGCCAAAGUGUUUUACCUCCACAAAGUGUUCAGUUGCCUAGUGGUCAGACAGUACAGUUAGCUAGUGGUAACAUGCAGGCGGUGCAGUUAGGACAAAAUGUACAAUUGAGUGGCCAAACUGUGCAAAUGCCUAGUGGUCAGAGUGUGCAAUUAGGGGGUCAGACAGUUCAAAUUGGUGGUCAGACAGUGCAGAUAGCGGGAGGGCAAACGGUACAGUUGCCCAGUGGUCAGACGUUACAGUUAUCAAGUGGACAAACUGUUCAGUUGUCUAGUGGUCAGACUUUGCAGUUGGCGAGUGGUCAAACCCUGCAGUUAGCGAAUCAACAGGCGUCGAAGUCAAUAGCUCAAGUAGUUAGGACGCAACCCACAGGCGACAAGAAUUCGCAACCUAUUGUUGCGAAAUUGUUAACGAAUGCUCAGACCCAGAUGAUUUCACUGGAGGGUAUGAUGGGUGGUCCGGGCGGGGCGGCGGCACGCGCGCGGGGGGUGCGUGUGUUGGCGCCCACGUCGCGGCUCGCGCGGCCUUUGCUGCUGACCUCGGCUAAACCGUUGCACAAUAUCAUAUUACAGCAGAGCGACGGCACAGCUAUCCGGGUCACGUCGACCAGCGGGGCGUCCACUACUUCACAAACAAUAGUUUUAAGUAAUUUAGGAGCGCAGACGGUCACAACUUCUUCAACUACAACGCCAGUGUUAAAACUACAACAGGUGAAUCCGAUACACCAAGUUAAACUACCGCAGGGGAUUAAAAUUCAGCAGGCGGUCACAAGUGCCUCAGGGACGCCGACUGUGAGGAGUGUACUGAUGGACGGCCAGCAGUUGAAACUGGUCAGUGGCAGACAUGUACUGGCGCGGCUGUUGAAGCCAGCGCACCCGCCGCCCUAGGACGUUAGAUAAGUUGUAUUCUUUAAAAUCAUCAUAAUUAUCAAGCUCAGACUAAUUACAUAAGGACUAGUAUCGCACCCGAAUUCAGGAAUAAAAAUAUUCUCCGUCUGUCAUAAUGCGUUUCUGGAUUUUCGUAAUACUUGAUAGUAUUAAACCAACCGUACAUUGUGCGUUAUUCUUGAUUGAUUGCGUAUUUUGGCGUCCGAUAGAGUAAUGUUAGAUUCCUAAAAAUUUUAGGCUCAGAUCCUAAAUUACUGAGGCCCCUCGCCCACGGCGACUUUUUGUAGCGAUGCAGUCGCGCGUUUAGCAAAUGCGCGACAGUAUCUCCUCUAACGCGUGUUAGUCGCAUUUGCAACGCGCUACUAACGCGCUACUGCAUCGCGAUUGUAUCGAUACAAACCCACGACCGCGUCUGACGACAUUGGUAGAGAGAACGGACGGGGGAGGGAGUGUACUAAUCCAAGGUAUUUUUGUGUCGUAACUGUAUCGCUACCGAUCGCGUUUGCAUCGCGACUGAAUCUGUUCCCGUGGGUAAGGGCACACAGCUAACGAUAGCUUUGCGCCUGUAUCGAUGCUACGCGUGACAGCAUCGCGACUGUAUCGCUACAAAAAGUCGUCGUAGAUGAGGGGCCUAAGAGAAUAAAUAAAUACGCAUGUAGAAGAUAAUUAGUUUUAUCGAUUCAAAACGUGUCUUGAAUGGAUUCUAAUAUUAAGAAAAACUGAAAUAAUAAGGUGUUUCAGUUUUCUAUAUGUCGAUGAUUUGUUUAGCGACAUUGCUAUUUUGACUAGUACUGUAAAAAUUGUUUGGAUUAUUUAUUAACAACAUUGCUAAAUGAAUCGUCGACACCAGGGUGUUAAUGGUUAGGAAUAUUGUUACUAGUUUUGUAAAUAGUAUUUAUAUUAUCCAUUAUAUGACUAUGUAUUGUAAAAACAGGACAAAUGACUUUAGUUAAAUAUUUAAACACUAGAGUAUUAUUACAGUAGAAAUUCAAUAGACAUUGUAAUAACGAAUUAUAAAUAUCCUUUACUAAUGCAUCACAAUGUUAGUUAUUAGUGUUUGACCAAGGAAUUCAUUUUAUAAUUUAAUUGCGUUUUGCGUAUUAUGGUUAAAUUGUGCUAAGUUUCAUUUAAAAUACGCUAAAUACAUUUAAUUUGAAUAUUUCCAUUGUUGUGUUGUUCUAAUCACUAUUAAUAUUACAAUAACGCAAUUAUCGUAGCAAUUUUUACAAUCAAAUAAUUUAAUUUGACCCAAAACAAAUAGUUCAUCAAAUAUUGUUUAGGAAUUGUUUGUAUAUAGAGUGAACGUAGGCUGAACCUGGAUGUGGCUUAAAAUUUUUGCUAGUAAAUAAAACAAGUUCACAAAAUAGAUGAUUAUGAUGAAAAAUUUCACUACUUGUUUUGUAAUGAAUAUAACAUGUAUCGAGUUUUAGAUAUCUUCAUAUAAUGCCAUCUCUAUCGUACUCAAGACGUGUAUGCAUGAGUGACAGAGACAACUAGUGGCGUAGCGUGUCUCGGAGGGGCCCUGUAUCAAAAUUAGUUGGGGGGCCCAUUGAAGGGGAAAUAUUUCUCACAAAAGAUACAAUAAAAUAAAUGGCAUUGGGCAAAUUUGCCUAUAGUCAUGACCCAAUGCGGCCACUGAUGAAACUUAUUUUAAAAAGCAGGAUUUGAAAGCUGUAAGCCUUAGUAACAAUAUUAUUUCUGUGAGAUGUCUAGAAAUAGGUCGUCUUUAUUUUGUUUUUUGGAUUUUUUUAAUACCAAACCGUAGAGCUUUGUUGUUUUUCAUGACUGAAGGUAGGUAAGAAUUUUUUUUAUGAAGGUAUAUGUAAAUAAACAAAUACAGAGCAAUGAUCAUUUAUAAGGUUCAUUGCUAAAAACAGAAACUGUUAUUUUUACAAAUAUGUAUGUAUUUAUUUAGCAAUUAAUUUUACAUUUCAUAGUAAAUGCCAGUUGAAAAAGUUGAUUUAUCUUCAAACUAGUAUUGAUUAAGAUAUUUAAAUAUAGAUAUUUGUAAUCUAUACUGAGUUGAGCUAUAUAUUGUUCUUUAUUGGCCGCCCUAAUCUCUUGACCGGGUCAAAUGUGCCAAAUGUCUUUUGACGGUGACUUAACCUUUGUAGGAUAUUUACAAUUUUCGAGCGCACGCUUAACCCGGGAAGCACCAGAUUAUGUGAGAUUGUGGACUACAUUUUGCUAUUUUUCGCUUUCACACGUAACGGGCCCAUUUAGUCCGGGGGCCCAUUUAGUCUGGGGGGCCUUCAUUGAUACGACGAUAGCUACGCCCCUGGAGACAAUGUUCACUCUCUUCGUUCUAUCUCUAAAGCCUGAUGUGUUAUGUUCACUACUAAGUAGGUACUGUAGCUCUAUUCUGUAUGAUUAAACAGACAGAUUCGAUACUCAGGUUUUUUAAAUUAAUAAUUUAUUUAAGAAGUCCAUUAUAGUAUUGUCUGGAUAGUAUUUUUUUUAUAGCGAGAAUUAAAUUUUGUUAUGCUAGUAAAAUGUCAUUGAAUCGAUUACAAGAAAUCCGAAUUCGCUAGCUGAUUAAAAAAAUAUUGUUUUGAAUUUUAAUAAUGGAACAUAAGAAAGAGCGAUUUCAUUUAUUAAUUUAUUAUUAUAUAAAAUAUGUAUUAUAUUAUUUAGUGUUUUGUAAAUUAUAACAAUAAGAGGUGUAUAUUUUAGUUCUCAGAAAGGAUUAAUAUGUUCUUAUUUAUUGUAAAAUACGUAUGACUUUAUUUACGGUGUAGUACUAAGUUGGUAUUAGUUUAUGUUUAAAAUGGUUGCAAUAUUUGGAAUUUUCUACAUUAUAAGUCAAUUGAAAUUGAA